AUGGCUGCUCUCCCGGACACUGGAUUUGUAUAUCCGCUUCUUGGACGUCCUCACGAUUCCCUGACGCCGGUUAAGGCUAGCUCUGGCUAUAAGAUCUCGUAUCCAACGUAUCUUGGUGCCAAAUACGAUGCUUCCACGACCAAUUUGACCUACUCCAUAGCUCCACCCGAAUCCCAAUCGUCAGCGGGACCCCUUCACAUCACCGUUUCAUUCCUUUCACCCAUCACUCCGACUUCUACUCUUCGUCAAUCAAUUCCUGCUGCGUAUAUCACUGUGUAUGUCAAGGGGAAUAGGAAUGCUCACAUCUACAUGGACAUGAACGGCCAGUGGGUCAGUGGUUACCGAGGGGCCCGCAUUGUAUGGGAUUUCGACAAAAUAACUCCCAGGAAUGGAGGUCCUCGCCUUAAUAGGUGGCGGGUCAGACGCGAAACGGAGCAGCUGUUCACCGAACAUAGUGACCGCUCUGAAUGGGGUAGCCUGUAUAUCGUUGCUCCAAAGGAUGUCCUAUAUGAAUCUGGGACGUCUGCUGUACUUCGCAAGCGGUUUGCAAGGACUGAUGCUUUGCGAAAUGUCAACGAUGGCUCCUUCCGAUCGAUUAUGGACGAGGAACCCGUCUUCGCAUUUUCCAAGUCAUUUCUUCUCAAUGGAACUGGCAAUAACUGCGAAACUAGUUUGAUGCAAGAAGACCAAGUCACCUUUACCAUCGCUCAUAUCCAAGAUCCUGUUGUCCAAUUUGCUGCCGCCCGCGGCUUGACCAUGAUGAAACCCCUUUGGCAAUCUUGGUUUAGUAGUGUGGACAACCUUCUUUCUUUCCACUAUUUCGACUUCCAAAAUGCAUCUGCUCUUGCCACGAGUUACUCUAAACAACUCGAAAUUGAUGCGUUUUUGUCGGGUGCAGAAGAUUACGUUGACAUUGUCGCUCUCUCUGCAAGACAAGUUCUCGGUGCAACAACCUUCUCGGGGACAGCAGAAAAUCCAAUUUUGUUCCUCAAGGAGAUCUCCUCCAAUGGAAACUUCCAGACAAUUGACGUUAUAUUCCCGUCUUUCCCUUUCUUCCUCUAUACCAACCCCAGAUGGCUUGCCUACCUUUUGGAACCAUUGAUAGAACAUAUGCUCAGCGGCCAAUAUCCAAAUACUUACGCGAUGCACGACUUAGGUUCCCAUUUCCCUAACGCUACUGGUCAUCCAGACGGAAGAGACGAAUACAUGCCGGUAGAAGAAUGUGGAAAUAUGCUAAUAAUGGGCCUUGCCAUCGUUAAUUCGUUGCGUUACCCUGCGAAGGGCUCCGGCUCCCCCAUUAGAAACACUAAACAUGGCAAAGAUACUGGCAUAUUCCCACUGAUAGACCUUGAGUCAAGCGGUGGCAUAGAUAAACUCGAUAGUCCCUGGGCAUUGAUGCCUAACGCCGGUGAUAAAGCACAGCUGUGGGUCGAAAGAUCCUACAAGCUAUGGAAACAAUGGACCGGAUACUUGGUCGAAUUUUCUUUGCUCCCUGAGAAUCAAAGCUAA